AAAAUAAAAUGGGGGUUUUUUUUCCCAGCCCUAAAAGCUAAAACGCUUCACGCCGGGGAUUUUCCUUAACGUUUCACCGCCGUUGUUUUCGUUGGCUCUCGCCGCGCCGCUCUCUCUCUUUCUCUCUGAAAUUCGCAGAUCUCAGUCGAUUUAUUCCUCCCAGAAGCAGAUUCAGUUAAAAUGGCUUUCUGCAAUAAACUAAGUCGCCUCGUGAGGCAGGGCGCUUCUCCGAGCGAGAACGCCUCCAUGAUUGGCUCUCUCAACUCUUCUCUCACUAAACAAACCGUAAAGUCUUUCUCUUCAGACGCCACUCACCACAGAUACCACCAGGAGACGCACAGUUUUCUGGAGCCAGAGAGCUAUAUCGGUAGCUGGGAAACCCCCAACGAUCCCAAAGAAGCUGAGAGAAAGCUCGCACAGCUUAGGAGAGAUUACGCAAAGAAGGUUAAGGUGUAUCGUAAAGAGUACGUACAUGAGGUUGAGAUGCUUCGUGUUGAGAAGCAGCGUAAGGAUGAGGCCAGAUUGCUGGCUGAACGAGCCGCCAAUGAGGAGAGGCGGCGAUUAAAGGCUGAGGCAGCUAAAGUCAGGGCUGAGGAACGCAAGAUCGCCGAUGAAGAGUUCAGGCAAACCCUGAUGAAAGAAAGAGCGGAAAAGCUGGAGUUCUGGAGAACUGUGGGACAAAAAAGGGAAGAUAAGAAGAAAGAGAAAAAGAAGCUACUGCAUGAGCAAAGUUCAUUGUGGAUCGAGCCAAAGGAACUGGAGAAGAAGGUUACGGAAGCCCUGGUUGACUCCAUUACUCUCUAAACCAAAUCCCCCUCUUCUGAAUCUUUGUUUGAGACGCAAUGAUUUUAGUAAUUUUGUUGCAGACAAGACUCUUCUUUUAUGAGUAGAGAAGAAAGCGAAGGCUUUUUUGGCCUUUUUGGAUCAAGCACAUAAUGAGUAUUGGUGGCUAAGUUUAAUUUUGGACUUGCGACCAAUCUUGUUUGUUGUUUUGGUGACGUAAUAUCGUUAAUAAGAAUUUCGUUUUAGUGUUAUCACUUA